AUGGAUGCCGAAACUAAAGUGGACGCAUCUGCUGAGUUGACUCGCGUUGCAUUUAGAGUUCCGUUUUGGAAGAGUAAUCCUGAAUUGUGGUUUUUGCAAUUAGAAUCGCAAUUUAUCACAUCGGGAAUUGUUUCGGAAGUCACUAAAUUUGAUUGUAUAAUUCCUGUCUUGGAUUAUGAUGUUUUAGCUUACGUAGGUAAUCUAAUUCGUUCCUCUCCUCCUGACGCUUCAUACACAAUUCUGAAAGAUAAAAUAAUUAAACAAUAUGCUGACUCCGAAAAUGUAAAACUCAAACCUCUCCUGCAAAAUCUUCAACUAGGAGAUAAAACUCCUUCACAACUCUUAAUGCAAAUGAAGGAAUUAAAUAACGGUCGCGUUAAUGAUGAUGUUUUAAAAACACUUUUCUUGCAACGUUUACCUGUUACAAUACAACAAAUAGUGUCAGUUUGA